UAUAUAUUAUGAAUCCGAAUUUGGCGCUGACAAACGCGGAUUACGCUUGUUCUGGCUGUAAUGAAGACCAAGCCUCACAUCUGAAGGACUGGUUACCUUCUGGGUAUAAUUAUCAUUUCUGCACCUACACUACACAAGGCACAUCAAACUUGGACCACAAAAGUUUUGAGGUAUCACUCAGAAUUGCACUGAAAGAAAUUUGUGAGGUUAAGGAAUGGGUGAAAAAGCUUAGUGAGUCAUCAGGAGUGAGUUGGAGAGUGGCAGUGACCAAACCAAGUAAGGGACAACGUGUGCUUUAUAAGGCUCAUUAUAGGUGCCAGCAUAAUGUUUGUGUCCGAUCAGGCAUGGCUAAUCAAAGACGGCUGUCAAAAAAUACACAAUGUGGGGCAAAAAUGGUUUGCACUCUGGUAAAUACUGUAGACACAAGGGGAGCAUCUAGUAGGAGCAAAGAUCCCCAUAUACCCACCUACCCAACCUCUGUGCGUUUGUACAAUGUACAUAAUCAUAACAUCUUUGUUGCGGAGGCACUGAGGCACAGGGAUGUGGGAGUAAAGGCAAUUGAGACCCUGACUCAGUUGUUUGAGAUUGGGCACAACCCAACCUCAGCUCUGGCUGUACUUAAAAGUGACCUGCUGGCUGAGCAUGGAAACAAAUAUGUAUAUGCCUCAGCCAACCGUACCCUUUGCCCAGACCUUCAGUUUUGCUACAGAAACAAGAAGUUCUUGACUUAUUUACAGAGUCUUUAUAGUCGACGCGAAAGUUGGGCUCUCUGCUACAGGAGGGACUUGCCAACACGUGGCAAUCAAACAAAUAACUAUGUGGAAGCUGCAAUGCGUGUAUUGAAAGACAAAAUACUUCAAAGGACGAAAGCAUUCAACCUUCCUCAAUUAUUCAACCUUUUCACCACCCGACUAGAGAUGUACUAUGAAGCACGUGUGACAGACAUCGCACUUGGCCAUUGGGAGGCAUUUCACCGGUCAAGAUUCCUUGCUACAGAAAGUAAUAUUAAACCAUCUGAUAUUUCUCAGGUUGGAGAGAAGAAGUUUCAGGUGAAAUCCUCCACAUCAGGACACACUUAUACCGUGGACAUGGAGUUGGAGCUCUGCACAUGCCCAGCUGGCCAUAGCGGGGCACCAUGUAAACACCAAGCAGCAAUAGUGCAAAAUUACAACAUCACCUCUAUCAACUUUCUCCCCACAACAGCUGAAAUGAGGGCUGAUCUGCUGAAAAUAACAAAAGCCUCAGUUUCUCUUGACUUCCUGAGUCCUUUACGGCAAAAAAGGCCUAUGUCAAGCACAUUAGCUCCAGGUAAGUUUAAGUGAGAGAUACAAGCGAGU